UGAAAACCCUCCUGCUCAAUUCAUUGUACCUAAGAUUUCAGAAGGAGAUGUGGGAAUGGCACCUCCCAGUGACCAAAGAACAGAUGACAUGGUGGAAGCUAGGAGAUGAAAAAGAAAGAAUCAACAUUUGACUUCUUUUGCUAAUGCAAGAGCGACUCAUGAACCAUCAACUUGGAAUGAAGUUCAGAAAUUGGCAAUGAGUGAAAGAGAAAUGGAGAAAUGCAGCACUAGAAGAAAUAGGUUGUUUUCACAAGAAUGACACUUCAAGAAUUGUUAUCAGUCUUCCCCUUGCGACCUAACUCCCUGCCGCCUGGGCCUGGAAGUUGGGUUCUGGCAUCAGAAGCGGCCUCAAGCCCAGGCAAGGAAUGAAGGAUGCAAGACUGCCAUUCCUGCCCACUGUUUUUGCCAGAGGUGGGAUGCUUCCUUCCUUGAAGGGCCGGACGGGAGUGGGUGGAUUGCAAGGAGGAGACUGCAAGCGUCUCUGACCACAGCGUUCUGAAAAGCAGCUAAAGGAGGAAGAGUCCAACCCUGGGCAAAGGGGGUGGGGGUGGGAGAGGCAGCCUUGGACCCUUCCUUCCUUACCUGCUUUAGAGGAGGGUGGUAUCAAGUCCUCAUUUGCAGUCGCCUCUUUUACAACCCAGCCCAGCCUGGGACUGCAGGGAAGGAAGGAUCCAAUGCCAUGCAAAGGAAGGGGGCUUGGAUGGCAGUGUUGGAUCCCUCAUUCCUUGCCUGCUUUUGAGACAAGGAAGGGAGCCCUUUUGGCAGCCUGGAUUGCGAGGAGGAGAAGGAGGCAGCCGAAGCCAGCAGAACGGGAUAGACCAAAAGCAGACCUUUCGGGACUCUGGCACAGCAUCCAACCCAACCCAGCUUACCCAGUGUGAUCAUCUGGCAGCACAACCUUCUGCCUUCAUGCUGCCUGCCUCUGACACAAUCCUUCUCCUUCUGUCACUUUGGUCUUUGAACGUUGGAAGCUGUGACCACCACUACAAUGACCCAAAGAACCUGAAUACCGAGUUUGCACUCAGCCUCUACCAGCGCUUGGCAGAGCUGGAUAACGGAACUAACCUUGUUAUUUCUCCGGCAAGCAUUUCUCUUUCCCUGGGACUUCUGCAGUUUGGUGCUCAAGGGAACACCUUUGCUCAGCUGAAGCGAGCACUGGGAUACAACACUCGUGAUCAGGACAUGCAGGAGUUCUUGCACAAGGUCUAUAAAGAAGUAAGCAACUCCAAGCAAGGCCCUGUGGCCCAGUUGGCCUGUGCUCUUUUUGUUCAAGCCGGGAUUCGUCUUUUACCUCAGUUUGUACAACAUGCUGCAUUUUGGGCAAACAAUGCUGUGCAGCAAACUAACUUCAGUGAGCCCAACAGGACUGCGGCACAGAUAAAUGAAUGGAUCGCCACAAAUAUUGGAGAUGGAGAAGAAAAUUGCCUGUCCUUGCAGAGUAUUGAGUCUCCCCUCAACCAGGUAGCAGUGGUGAGCACCAUGUAUUUCAAAAGCACUUGGCAACGGAAAUUCACCUUCACAGAUACUCAGUCCUUGUCCUUUACUACUACAGAAGGCAUUACUCUGAAAGUGCCUACUUUAUACCUCAGUGCAGAAGUCAAUUACGGUGAAUUCCUAAUAGAUUCUCUGGAACGGAUCAGUGUGGUUGAAUUGCCCUAUUUGGGGGAAACUGUCAGUAUGUUUGUAGUGCUUCCAUCCAGUCGAAGGACAUCUCUAGCUGAAGUUGAAUCUUAUCUCUCAGUCCAAAGCUUCCCAGUGUGGUCCAAUAGCUUAAGAAGAACAAAGAUGGAUAUCUUUCUUCCAAGAUUCAGAAUUCAAAACCACUUGGACCUAAAGAUGGUUUUACCCGCAUUAGGAAUCACAGACAUGUUUGAUUCAACUCAAGCAGAUUUCAAAGGCAUUUCAGAACAAGGAAGCCUUUAUAUCUCAGAAGCCAUCCACAAAGCAAAGAUUGAAGUGACAGAAGAUGGCACCAGGGCCUCGGGUGUUACAGCUAUGGUGUUGCUAAAAAGAUCCCGGGCUCCUGUCUUCAAAGCUGAUAGACCUUUUAAUUUCCUCUUAUGGCAAGCCAGUACAGGUUCAAUUCUCUUCAUAGGAAGACUUACAAAUCCUACUGAAUAAGUGUGCAAAAGCUCCAUGUCCAUUUCUUUCUGCUUUCUCAGAUCAUUCAGUCAAUGCUUUAAAUUGCACAUUUCCAGUCUUCUGAACAUCAAGAGGAAACCAGGGGUGGAGGAAGUCCUAGGACUGUAAAUAAAAAAACAAUGCUUUUUGCCA